GACGCACUCCUUCUGUUCCAGACGACCAGGGCUUCUGGCUUGUUUGCUUGCUUGUAGGGUAGUGGUCAGUUUUUCGACUGCGCCGUCGAACAGCAGCUGAACAUAAGAAAGCUUUGAAUAUAUUUGUAUCUUGUGUCCUUUACGUGUCUAGAAGUCAUGUCUGCCCAAUCCUCUAUACUGUGCUGCCGGAUUGGACGAUUGGCAACGAACCUGCGGGUAGCCAGUCGGAAACGCUGGUCGACAUCGCUCAACCGCUGCAUUUCCUCCUCCACCGACAGGAAAAAUUUGCUGGCCGUGACAUUACAAAAUCACGCGCCGCUGACCAAAGCCUGGGACCGUUUCGGCAUUUGGUUGGACGAGCCCAUCCUGCUCCCCCCUCGCUUAGCCGAUGCUCGUGUCGAGGCUGGGAGCCUUCCCAACGUGGGAUGCGCCAACCAAAAAGGAAAGCGGAAGACAAACGAAGAUCGCCUCUGUGUCCAGAAACUUUCAGACAAUGUGUUGCUUUUCGCAGUCUUCGAUGGCCAUGGGGGAGACGCUGCUGCAGAGUUCUGUUCUCGCAACAUAUCAUACUUCAUAAGGAAAAAUCUUCAGUUAGAAUUUGAUCUUGAAACAGUAUUACACAAGUCAUUUCUCGAAGUUGACCACGCCUUUCUGCAGCAUGUUUAUAGUUUGCAAGAAGGGGUUGUCUUGUCUGUUGGCACAACAGCAACUGUUGCCUUACUGCGCAAUGAAACCGAGCUUGUAGUUGCCAGUGUUGGGGACAGCCCAGCUGUCCUUUGCAGAGAAGGAAAAGCAAUACAUUUAAUUGAGGACCACAACCCAAGGAGAAAAGAUGAAAGGCAAAGAAUUCAGCAGUUUGGUGGAUUUAUCGAGUGGAACAGUGCUGGUGAACCCUAUGUUAAUGGGAGGCUGGCGAUGACCAGGAGUAUUGGAGAUUUUCAAGUUAAACCAUAUGGUGUUAUUGCAGAACCUGAGACUACAAAAGUAAUGUUGCAGGAAUCUCGAGACUCUUUCCUGAUAUUAGCUACCGAUGGAGUCAGUGGAAUAAUGGAAGUUCAAGAAAUGUGUGAUAUUGUCAAAAAAUGUCAAGACUCGUCAGAAGCUGCUGUUAUUGUUACAGAUCAGGCACUCCAAUAUGGCGCACAAGAUAACGUGACUGCUAUUGUUGUACCCUUUGGAGCAUGGGGAAGAUACAAGAAUGCACUGACAUCCUCCAGUUUUGGUAGAAUAAUGGUGGCAAGUUGUCGAUGGAGUUAGUCUGACACCGUUUUUAUUUGUCGUCUUGUGGAGUUUGCACACCAAGUGUGGCCUUGAUGUGAAUGCUAUUACUGUGCCUAAAAUUUGUGAGCUUUCUGGUUUUGGGGGUGUGUUUUUCUUUCAGUCUAAAUUCUCCAUCUCACUGUAAUCCCUAAAAAUAAAGUGAGGUGCUAAAGUUUAGUGGCACACACUUGUAAAUAUGUAAACAUGAUGCUGCUGCUUUAGUUUCUUUUUUCUGGCUUCUUCCUCCUUAAUGGCAGGUUCAGUGCAAUCACAUCUUCAGUAUGAUGAAGCGCAUGCCAUUGGCAAGUCUGCAAAUACUGAGAGUGUUAAGUUGACUUGCAUCUGCUGUUCUAGUGGAGGAAGCUUGUUGCUGUCUUGUAUCAGGCUAGCUGCAAGUGUAGCUUUUGUGGUAGCCACAUUAUCCAUUAAUGGGAGGAAAAUCUAAAAAGAAAAAUCAUUAAUAGAUGAUGCACUUUAAAUGAAUGAGGUGUGUGCUUAAAGGGUGACACUUGAUGUCACGGGCUUAUUUGUUUUUAACCUUUCAGCAGCACAGUUCCCUUACAUGCUGUUGUAACCUAAAGAAUGAUUGCAGUAAUGUUAUGGUAGCAGCAUCUGAAACCAGAAAGCUUUGUCUAAUUGUACUUUUUAUUUUUUUAAUGUCUUGCUUUUCAAAUUUCCAAAAAUAUGGAUUAGAAAUGUUUUCUCUGGAUCUAAAAGGUCCUUCAUUUUUUUCUUUCAUUUUUAUGAAAGUAUACACACUACUAGUGCUUUGAAGCACAUUCCUGUAUCAUGAAUUUUAAAUGGUUAAUUUCAACCGAUCUGUAUCUGAAUUGCUUCUGUACAGUUACUUCAUUGGUAUUUGUUACAGAAUGAGCCAAAUAUGAGAAAAGUGGAAAGAUGUGCAUUGUCUACCACUCACUCGUUCUUAGUUGUGUCAAAUGUGUAAAUGUACCAAAGUUGGCUGUAAAAAAUGAUUUUAUUUAA